CGAUUUUUAUGCGACUAUGGCCCCGAGUCUUCUAUGGAGAUCUGCUCGCGGUGGGUGAAAUGUCGUGGUAUCUAGCUAUGAUAGUCUCUUUCUUUACUUCGUACCAAGUUCAUUCUCUUCAAUCAUUCGUCUUGGUUCGAGGCCCUGCGCAUCCCCUUCUCUGUGUUCUGUUGUCAAGGGCAUACGUCGAUCAAGGCAAGAAGGUGGUGCCCGCCACUACACUCAAGUGAUUUCGAUCCAUCGAAGUCGAUGAUGGCCGCUCCCGUUUCCCUCCUGACGGCGACCGACGCCAGAUUUCAAAUACAUCUCAUCAUUGGAUCGAAUCCCCUCGCAUCCUCGCGAUGUGGGCAGUCGCUCAAUGUAGGCGCAUUGCCUCUCCUUCUUGCGCCAGAAACAGCCGAGUUACACUAUACGCUCCAGAAGCGCAUCGAUGACGGUGAGGUCAAAUGGGUAAAGAAGGCCUUUGAAGACAAUGACGUCUUGACCUUGGGCCGAGAAGAAGUCGGCCAUGUUGUGGAUGCUGUCUUCGUGACAUCGGGUGCUAAAGGUCCACUCAGCACGCAUAUUUCAAGUCUUUGCAAGCGCAACCGCAUCCCUGUCAACGUGGUCGACGCUCCUCAACUCUGCACCUUCAGCCUCCUCUCGACAUACGUGGACGGACCGUUGCAGAUCGGUGUUACAACGAAUGGGCGUGGAUGCAAGCUGGCGUCUAGGAUACGCCGUGAGAUUGCCGCCUCGUUACCGCAAAAUCUGGGAACAGCCUGCCUUCGUCUCGGCGAAGUGCGGCGAAGGAUACAAGAAGAAGACCACUUGCUCCAUAACGCCUUGGCGGAUGGUGAAGACGUUGACGACUCGGUGGACCAGUCAGCCAGCUUCAACAAACUGGUAACGGAGGCGGAUCUCGACGCGGCAAAGAACAGGCGCAUGCGUUGGCUCAGUCAAGUAUGCGAAUACUGGCCGCUGAAGCGUUUAGCUGCCAUCAGCGACGACAACGUCAAUUCAAUACUCAAAACAUACCCUGGAACCAACACGUCCGAAUCUAUCGGCAAGCCUGCACUCUCGUCCAGCCCCUCCUCUCGAGGCCGCAUAUUACUCGCCGGCUCAGGGCCAGGCCAUCCUGACCUCCUGACUCAAGCAACGCAUAAAGCAAUUCAAUCUGCCGACCUCAUUCUCGCCGACAAGCUCGUUCCUUCAGGGGUCUUGGACCUGAUUCCACGCCGCACGCCCGUGCAGAUUGCGCGCAAGUUCCCAGGCAACGCGGAUGCAGCCCAGCAAGAGCUGCAUGAAAUGGCGCUCGCAGGUCUACGCGAGGGCAAGACAGUCUUGCGCCUAAAGCAAGGCGACCCGUUCAUCUACGGCCGCGGGGGCGAGGAAAUAGCUUAUUUCCGAGAACAUGGUGUCGGCGAUCGCGUCACGGUGCUGCCGGGUAUCACAAGUGCGCUGUCGGCGCCACUGUUUGCUGGUAUACCAGCAACGCAGCGAGACAUUGCCGAUCAGGUUCUUAUUUGCACCGGGACCGGCAAGAAAGGCAAGCCACCAAACCCGCCGGAAUUCGUCGCCAGUCGAACUGUCAUGUUCUUGAUGGCUUUACAUCGGAUAUCUGGCUUGGUUGAAGAAUUGACCCAGUACACCGAGAUCGAACUGAUGGUGCUCAAAGAGGAGCAAAGGCAAGGCGUGCUCGAUAUGAACGCCCAACAGGCGUCCCCGAGGAGGUCCCUCUGGCCUGCGACUACACCCUGCGCGGUAAUAGAAAGGGCAAGUUGUCCAGAUCAGAGGGUCAUACGCACCACACUCGCCAGUGUGGUGGAGGCCAUUGACCAAGAGGGGAGCCGCCCGCCGGGGCUCCUGGUUGUGGGUGGUGCUUGUGAGGCGCUUUGGCAAAGGGAAAGGGGCAGGAAUUGGGUUGUGGAAGAAGGGUUCGGGGGCUUGGAAAUCGGCGAGGAACUGGACUUGGGAAGUCUUGCGGCUGUUGCCGCUUGAAUGUAGUUGUGUAGAGAGUGUGAAAUUUUUUAAGAACCAAAUAUGUAGUAUUGGCCCUGGGGUAGACGAUCGAUGCUUCAAUCUGUAUGGACGUUGCAGAUUAAUCCCAUCCUCGGCCGUACACCAUCGACAAAGUCAUCGCGCGCAAUGGAUUCACAUUCUCGGUGCGCAUUCCAAUGUCAAUCGACCAAAGUGGCGUUUGUCAAAAGUGCCACUAUUAAUAUUGUAUUAUCACAUAGCUACGUGUGGAAAAUAUGGCGUUAC